CGAUAGUCAAGCAGCUUGAAGAUGUAUGUUAUUGUGCAAUUAACAAUAAUGAUUCUCUCCGAUCAAGCAACAAUCCUGACAAACAUAUAUUAACCCUCCAAUCUUUUUUCUUUAAAUUUUUUAGUUGACCAAACGACGGAACGUUUUCAAUGAAUUGUUCCCAUAUAUUAACCCUGCCUCUGGUCCAUUAUAUAAACUUCCAGUUAUUGUACAUGACAAGCAGAGAAAGAAAGAAACGAAACAGCAAUGGAAGGGAAUGAUAUGUGCAUAUCAAACUACCCUUGUUGGCAAUGCCAGCAAAUACCACAGCCACUUUACUAUUUUGCCGCCUCUUCUUCUUCCCAUUUUAUCCCACCAUGCUUUCCUUCUAAUUGUCAAUGUAAUGGGCUUACAACCAUUGGCUGCUGUAGUAUUCCUUGCUCUUCUACCUGCCCACAUAAACCGCCGUCGCCGUCGCCGCCACCAUCACCGCCAUCACCAACACCACCAUUGCCGCCAGCAUCCUCCAAGAAACGCAUGGAAACUUUCACACAAAAAAGACAGCAGAAGAAAGAUAAAGAUGAAUUUUUCGGAUUGAGAGAAAUGUCUAGGCGGGAGAUGAAGCUCAGUGGAGUCAAGUACCCCAUCAACCCAGACGCCAAAAAAAUGCCGUGGAGUAAGCCAACUCUUUAUCUCAUGGGAUUUCAGGGCAGCCAAGUUAUUACUUGGACCACGAUGAUCAUUCCCAUCUUGCUAUUCCCAUCUUGCUUGCCCCUAUUAUGGGCGGUGGCGAUCUGGAGAAAGCUGAGACAAUACAGAGUGCACUCUUUAUGACAGGGAUAAAUACACUGUUGCAAAUUUGGUUCGGCAGUAGGCUUCCUGUCGUGAUGCAAAUUUCCGAAGCUUUUACAAUUCCGGCCAUCAAUAUUGCUUUAUCAACUAAAAAUACAUGUAGUUGCUCAGUUAAUCCUCGCCAGAGGUUUAAACGAACAAUGAGACGUAUACAAGGAGCAAGUAUUAUUGUAUCUUUUGUUCAGUUGACGAAAUGCAUCGAAAUUGGAGUCCCCGCAUUAGUUUUGUUGGUGUUCUCAAGGCAGUUCCUUUCAAGAUUUUGGAAAUCAGGGACAAAGAUAGCGGAACGUUACUCUGCGACGAACAGUAUUAUAAUAGUAUGGAUCCUUGCAGAAAUUUUGACUGCAGCAGGUGCAUAUGAUAAUACAAGUCAACAAACUCAAUUGAAUUGUCGUGCUAAUCGUGGUGGCCUUAUUCGUGCUGCACCUUGGAUAAAGAUUCCACGUCCAUUUCAAUGGGGCUAUCCCACUUUUGAAGCCGGUGAUGUCUUUUCAACGAUGGCUGCUUGUUUUGUUGCUAUUAUUGAGUCUUCUAGUACGUUUGCUACCUCAUCAAGAUUUAGCGGCGCACAUCGUAUACCAGCACCUCGUAUUAGUGAAGCAAUCGGCGUGCAGGGAAUUGGAACUUUGCUGGACGCAGUGUUUGGCUUGGGACUUGGCUCCACUGCUUCAGUUCAACAUGCAGGACUCGUAGGAUCGACACAGAUAGGAACUCGGAGGAUUGCCAUAAUUUCAGCUAUCUUUAUGAUUCUCAUUUCCUUGAUAGGAAAACUUGCGGUUGUUCUUGCUUCUAUACCGUUGCCAAUUGUGGGGGCUCUAUACAUUGCUUUCUUCCCCUAUGUGGUGGCAGGAGGUCUUGAUGAUUUUAUCUUAUGCGACUUGAAAAGCUUUAGGUCAAAGUCUAUUUUGGGUUUUUCCGUCUUUAUGGGUCUCUCUGUGCCUCAGUAUUUCAGUAACUAUGAUUUAUUUUCUACUGAUGGCCUUCCUCAAACCAGCUCUAAUUGGUUCAAAAUCAUAAUGGUGGUUAUUUUGUCAUCUCCACCAACAGUUGGCACUAUAAUAGCUUUCCUUUUUUAUUUCACGCCUAAACCACCACCACCACCACCACCACCACCACCAUCACCACCACCACCACCCAAGAAGGAGGACCUGAAAGAGGGACCACCCAAGCCGAAAGCUUCGGAACCACUCGACAAGGCUAAACCAUUACCACAUGUACCACCACCCGUGAAGUCGAAGGAGAUGAAGGCAGAAGAUGAGACGGAGGAGAUGAAGAAACAAAUUCGACUUGAGAUUAAAAAAACCUAUAAACGGCCUUCUAGUCUCAGUGAUCUGUUUUCAUGAUUCCAAUUUACUUGGUUUUAUUAGGGAGAGAAAUGGGCUAAUUGAGCUCAUUAGACUGGGCCGCCAGAUAUCUUAGAUUGGCCCAUUACAUUGUUUCGUCUUUUUCAGGAACAGCAGAUUUAAAUGUGAAACGCAUUUUUUUUACAUAAUUUAAAAUUAAAAA